GGGACAGUUCCUCUGUGGCCACACCUUGGAGGGGGCGGUGCCCCCGUGAUGACACCCUGGAGAGGACUCUUCGCCCUUGGUGACACCUCGGAGAGGACGGUGACACACCAGAGGUCACAGUGCCAGCUCUGUCCCCACCUCAGGGCUAUUCCCCUGCCCCAACCCCAACCUCACCCGCGGGGUUUGGGACAGGAGCGUGGAAAUUCCCAAACCUGUCCGUGCCCGAGCGGGACAAGGUGGCGUUGGUGGCAGGGAAUGAGGAAGCGGGGCCAGCCGCACUCCCGGUGCCACCGUCCUGCCCCGCCACCGCCGCGCCGCCGGGGCUCAGCGCCGGGGCCCGGAGCUCCGCGGCACCGCGGCCGUCCGGGAGGGAAGGGGUUAUGGCCACGGCCGCCGACAGCUCCAUCCUCCCCGCCGCGGCUCCCUCCCCGACCGCCUGAACGUGCCUCCCACCGGCUGGAGCAGCUCGAGGCACGGCCGGGCCCUCGACACCUCCGGGGACGCGGCAGGGACCCCUCCCCGGGGAGCAGCCCCCGUUCGGCUCCUCGGGCUCGGUCCAGCCGGUUCGUCCCGCUCGGCCGGCAAACAACCUGCUCCUGCUGGGUCUCCCCCCUCUGAUGCGCCGCUGCCGCCGAGCCCCGGCCUAACCCCGCGCCGAGACCCUCCCUCAGCUGCCCCAUUUGGGGUCCCCCCCACCCUAAAGCCACCAUGCCAGCUCCGCAGGGACCCCAGGACGUGCGGGACCUCACCUUCAGCCCGUGGGAUUACGGAGUCUUCGCGCUGAUGCUGCUGAUCUCCACGGCCAUCGGGCUCUUCCACGGGCUGGCUAAGGGUGGCCAGAAAACCUCGGAGGAUUUUUUCACGGGUGGCCGGAGGAUGUCGGCGCUGCCCGUGGGGUUGUCGCUGUCCGCCAGCUUCAUGUCGGCCAUCCAGGUGCUGGGGGUGCCGGCCGAGGCGUUCCGCUACGGAGCCAAAUUCCUCUGGAUGUGCCUGGCGCAGCUCAUCAACAGCGCGCUGACCGCGCAGCUCUUCCUGCCCGUCUUCUACCGCCUGGGGCUCACCAGCACCUACGAGUACCUGGAGCGGCGCUUCAGCCGGAGCGUGCGGCUGUGCGGGACCGUGCAGUACGUGGUGGCCACGAUGCUCUACACCGGCAUCGUCAUCUACGCGCCCGCCCUGAUCCUAAACCAAGUCACCGGGCUGGAUAUUUGGGCAUCGCUGCUGUCCACGGGGGUCAUCUGCACCUUCUACACCACCAUCGGCGGGAUGAAGGCUGUCAUCUGGACCGACGUGUUCCAGGUGUUUGUGAUGCUCGCGGGUUUUGUCGCCAUCGCCAUCCGGGGGGCGCUGCUGGUCGGGGGUCCCGCCGAGGUGCUGAGCAUCGCCAGCAACGGCUCCAGGCUCAACUUCGCCGAUUUCAGCCCGGACCCGCGGAGCCGCUACACCGUGUGGACCUUCGUGCUGGGCGGGACGCUGCUCUGGCUCUCCAUGUACGGCGUCAACCAGGCGCAGGUGCAGCGCUACGUGGCCUGCAGGAGCGAGAGGGAGGCCAAGAUGGCGCUGCUGGUCAAUCAGGCCGGCCUCUUCUGCAUCGUGGCCAGCGCCGUGGCCUGCGGGCUCGUCAUGUUCGCGCUCUACGGCCACUGUGACCCCCUGCUGGCCGGGGCCAUCGCCGCCCCCGACCAGUACAUGCCCUACCUGGUCCUGGACAUCUUCGGCAGCACCCCGGGGGUGCCGGGGCUGUUCCUGGCCUGCGCCUACAGCGGCACGCUCAGCACGGCCUCCACGUCCAUCAACGCCAUGGCCGCUGUCACCGUGGAGGACCUGGUGCGGCCGCGGCUGCCGGCGCUGUCCCCCAGGGCGCUGACGCUGAUCUCCAAGGGGCUCUCUCUCACCUUCGGCACCUCCUGCAUCACUGUGGCCGCUCUGUCCUCGCUGUUGGGGGGGGGUGUCCUGCAGGGCUCCUUCACGGUGAUGGGGGUGAUCAGCGGGCCCCUGCUGGGCGCCUUCGUGCUGGGGAUGUUCCUGCCCCGCUGCGGCAGCGCCGCGGUGCUGGGGGGCCUGGCCGUGGGCCUGGCGCUGUCGCUGUGGGUGGCAGUGGGUGCCACCCUGUACCCGCCCAGCGCAGCCACCAUGGGGGUGCUGCCCACCUGGGGGACGCUGUGCCAGCCCCGCAACGCCACCAGCGCCACCAACGCCACCAGCGCCACCAGCGGCCCCGCCCUGCCCGCGCCACCCCCGGAGCCGCUGCGCCCGGCCAUCCUGGGUGACUUCUACUCCCUGUCCUACCUGUACUACGGCGCCUUGGGGACACUGGGGACCGUGGGGACAGGGGCCCUGCUCAGCCUGCUGCCAGGGCCAGCCCGGCAGAGCCGCUGUCCCCAGGGUGUGCUGUGGUGGGACAUCGUCAGGGCCGCGCCCUCGGCGGUCCCCAAGGGUGACAGCGGCCCCGGGGACGAGCCCCUGGACAAGGCCACGGUGACCCGGCCGCUGCUGGAGAGGGGAGGGGAGGGGACAGCCCCGUGUGACCCCCCCAAGGGUGGCACUGUCACCGAGAGCGACGUGUAGGGGACAGCGGGGUGGGGACAUGGGGACAGCAGGGUGGGGACAUAGGGACAGCAGGGUGGGGGACAUGGGGACAACGGGGUGGGGACACAGGGAUAGCAGGGUGGGGGACAUGGGAACAGCAGGGUGGGGACACGGUGGUGGCCCCAAUAAAGGAGCUGCUGAUCCUGG